ACAUUUUCACUCCCUGCUCCGACAGGUAAACACAAGUCUGAUAUACCUGACAGCCAAGGAGAGCUCUGCUACAUCUGCCUAUAGAAUCCACAAGAAACACCAAGCUGUGAAGUGGAUUUACCUGCAGGAAUCUCAUUCUGAAACAGCAUUAAAGAUUUGCAGAUUUCACAGAAGUUGUUUUAACGAUGACAUCUCUUCAAGCUAAAAAAGGUGGAACUGUCAACGCAGAAGCAGACAGGCUAAGUGUCCUUAAACAAACAAGAGUCGUGACCAGACUGAAGAAGGACAAAAGCUGGAUACAGCAACAGAACUCAGAGGAUGAACAAGAUGACAUUCCCAGCCCAGUGUCGCCCCAGCUGAAAUCACUUGAAGGCAGAAAGUUCUUAUGGUCUCCAACGCCAGACAGCAAAGCCGAUCGGGAUUCACCAACAUUUGGUGCUAAGGAGACUGUCAUGAAAACGUCCUCCUCUCCGAACCAAUCAAGCUACAAUCAGUCCACAUAUACUGUUAAUGAAAGCCGUACUUCAUCUGUAACAUCUCAGUCAUCUCCACCAGCUUCCUUACAGUCUAAUAACAGAACGCCUGCUUCCAGAGCAUCGACCGGAUACAUAAUAAGGGGGCAACCGCUUAAUCCAUCUGCACAAGUAAAGAGUCAAAACUCGUAUAAUGGAUACCAGAAAAGCUACUCAGUUCAGCAAAAGAGUGCAAGUCUUCCUCGCGUUCCCACUGCCUCUGGCUACAAAAUGUCCACAGAAGAAUACAAGAAACUGGCUCCGUUUAAUACCAGGAGUUCAUCCACAACAGAACAGUCAGAUGAGGAAGAGGCACCAUUUUCAAGAGAAGAACAGGCAAAAAGGACAGAAAAGGCGAGUAGCAUUUUAAAGAACUCGCCCACAAAGGACCGCUCAUAUGUCAUGUCAGCCGCAAAGAAAUACAUCGGAGUUGCAUCACCGGAUACUCCUCCACCUUUCAUUGCUAAAAAGGUGGACAUAAAAGAGGACGAUCCAGGUGCAAAUAAGAAGAGUGAAACGUUCCCCAAAUCUCUAUCUUCGUACCUAUAUGAUGAUGCCGCCAGGUUUGAAAAUAAUUGGAAACAGACUCAAUCCAAGGCACCCUCUCAGACACCAACACCCAGUGGUAAAGACACAAGCCCCCCCAAACUCACUUCUGUCAACGCUACAGAGACAAGAACGUCACCAGUGAAGCCCCAGUCUGGGAAAAUUACAGUCAUCAAAGACGAGAGCUCCGACAGCAAACCCACAACCGAGAACAGAUCAACUACAAGCAGAACUGUUACCACAAGCACUGAAAGAAUACAGGUGAAAGAAGAAAGAAACCUCUCUGACCCGAAGUCUCUUGCUUCAUAUCUGUAUGAAGACGCCAGCAGGUUUGAAAAUAAUUGGAAAACAACACAGCCUACACCAGCUGUAUCUCAGACCGCACCAUCCGGUGGUACCGAUAAAGAAGAUAUUCCCAGACUGACCUCAUAUACAACCACAAAUGUCACAGAGACAAGGAGACAGGGUAUUCAGUCACAGCCUGCUAAGAUCACGGUCGUCAAAGACGAUGGGGAUAAGGCUGACAAAGACAUCCCUAAAACUACAACAGAAAUCAGAUCAGUAAGAACCUCGGAAACAAGAAAUGAAAGCAGGGAUAAUGGCAACAUCCCAAAACUCACGUCUUGGUCUUCUACCACUGUCACCGAGUCUGCAAAUCCAGAUAUCAAGGUCCAACCUGGCAAGAUCUCUGUCAUCAGAGAUGAAAGUAAUUAUGGUAAUAGAGACAUAUCUGGAAGGUCUACAGAAAGAACAUCUACAACAAGAACCACAACUACAACCUCCACCGAAUCAAGAAAUGAAAGUAUGCCUCCAAAACCUAUUCCCCGGACGGAAACAAAGCCAAAAGUCAGCACUGAAGAUUCAAGUGAUGUGAAUAUAAAUAAGCAGCAGGAUCUGAUCUCAUGGUCUGACUUGGAUAUUCCAAAAGCUACAGAGACUAGAACUAAUGAGUCCUCAAAACCAGCUGUGAUCAAUACAACAAGUGAAACGAGAUACAGAGUCCCAGAGAUCUUGGACGAAGCAGAAUCUAAUACCAGCAGUAGCAGACCAGUCACAGAUUCAGGAAAUAGAAGUCUUACUACCACCACCAGCGGCGCACGCUACGAAAGUUCAAGAGCAUCUCCGGAGCCAAACUCUGAAAGGAGCAGCUCUCCGAGGCCUUCACCCAGAGUGAGAGAAAAUACUUCAACUACUACAGUUACAGAAACAAGAUACCGAGUGCCCGAAAUUCUCGAGGAAAACAUGCUGGAAUCAAGCCCUCCAAGGGGCAGCUCACGUACCACUGUUACUACAAGUCGCUCCACAGACCCGACAUACACCGAGUAUAAAGAGGAUAAAGAGUCCAGAUCAACAAGGACUGUCUCCAGUUCAAGAGAAAAAAUUACUACCACUGUUGAAACGCGCUAUGAAAACCGUUCAAAGGAGGAUCUCAGCGAGCCCGACCCUCAGUCAUCCAGCAACAAAGGAAUUCUUUUUGUAAAGGAAUAUGUUAACUCAAGUGAAAGUCUAAAAUCUCCAACAUACGCUGGUGGCCAACCUGACUUUUUGGAUGACUCCGACAGGUUAUCAUACAGCAGUGCCAGCUACAUGUACAGCAGUCCAUCCAAAAGAUCUGACGAGGGACCCUGCAAUUACUGUGGCCGUGAAAUCAAAGAUUGUGCAAAGAUCAUCCUAGAACACCUUAACAUCUACUGUCACGAAUACUGCUUUAAGUGUGGCAUUUGUAACAAGCCGAUGGGAGAUUUGAUUGAUAGCUUAUUUAUUCAUCGGGAUGUGGUCCACUGUGAGAGCUGCUAUGAGAAACUGUUCUAGGUUCAUUGAACAGCAAACAUGAAAACUAUUUUAUGCAUAUUUUUCCAUCUUUUUUUUUGCAAAGUCAUCAAUUGAUUAAAUUGGUGAAUUACAACCCCGGGGUACUUUUUUCCUCCCACAAUAUAUCUGUAUGACCAACAAGAUCGGGUCCCUUGUUACAAAGUGUGAUAUACUUAAAAUCCUAUACUAGUGCUUAUUUCGUGACAAAUAUUAUGCAUACCAGUCUACAGUGAAUAUGGAAACUCUUAGUAUAAAACCAUGCUUUGGAGUAAAUAUAAAAAAUGCAUUAUAUUAAAAAACAUCCUAUUAAAUCUUUUGUCCAGUUGCUAAAUUACAUGGCAUUAUUUCUUGAUACACAUUAUGUAAUCAAAUAUAAAAAAAAAAUCUACCAUAUAAUAACAUAACUUGGGCUGAGGGUUAAUAUUAAUAUGCAACCGGCGGGGAUCAGGACUCAUAAGAAGGUACUAUCGUAUGCUAUUUCAUGUAUGGAUGUCAUCUUUCCUAAACUGUAUCAUUGUACCUUAAUAAAGUAUAUCAAUAAUAAAGAAUUGCUUUAAGAGA